AUGAUUGAAAUUUACAUUGUGCUGUUUUGUAAUAUUGUAUUUUUGCCAAUACUAGGUAUUGUUGAAGGACGGGGUGCAAAUAACGGUCAAAUUGGAAUAGCUGCAAUUGAUUUGAACCGACCGGAAAUUGAAGUGUCUCAAUUCCUAGAAACAUGCAGCUAUAGUUGCACUUUAAUGAAAAUGCUUGUCUGGAUGCCAGUUGAUAUUCUUUUGCCUCAUUCUGUUUUGGACCAAUCCAGUAAUAUGAAUCGACUGGUAAAGUUGCUUCAACAGAGCGAAUUCGGUUGUAACAUUAUUGGCGUCAAUCGGCAAUCUUUUAAUAACCAACAAGGUUUGGAAUAUCUUAAGGCUCUAUGCCAUCCAUACUAUCUUCCAUCUAUCUAUGCGUUUCAGGAGAAGUACUAUGGUUUGUCGGCUGUAUCUGCUUUGUUUAAUUACCUGGAAUCCGCGAAACGGGUUUACUAUGCACCUAAGUCACUUAAAGUAGAAUUCGGCAGCUCUUCUCAGUCAACUCUUAUGGAUGCAACAAGCGCACUUAGACUUGGGUUAGUCGGACGGUUAAGUCGUUGCCGGGACCAUAACACGCUCUUCAAAGCGAUCAAUUACACUUGUACUCUUAGUGGUGCUCGUCGAUUAAGGGCAUCUUUAUUGGAACCCCCUAAAGAUUUAACCACCAUCAUCUGUCGGCAAGAUUCUGUAGAAGAACUCAUCUCUAAACCCCGAACCCUACUGGAAAUUCAGAACGUGCUGUCCAAGUUCCCGGCGAUUGACAGUCUCCUUUCUAUGUGCAUUCACCUCUCGGAUUUUCCAGCACCUCUUACUGACAUUCUUACUGCCACCUCUACAUCUGAAUCAGCUGUUAUCUUUGCUUCUUCCGCAUCGCUCAAAGCACAACGAACGAUAUUAUCGCCUGAUUUGGUUAAUGAUGAUAAUCUGCUAACACCCAGUUCUGAUGUGGAGAUGUCACAUGAUGGAAGAGCAGCAUUAACCCUUGUUUCACUGGAUUUCGAGCCAAUAUUCUUAUCCUAUUCGAUCGGUAAAUUCCGUCGUAAAUGUGAAAACAGUCAUAGUGACUACUUUUGUUUACGCUUCUACACCUGUAAGCACUUGCAUUUCGCAGGUCCCGGAACAUCCCAGCAAAAAAGAACCUCCACCUCAAGAUUGAAUGCCACCACUACUGCUACUACUCGUCUUUCCCCCAUGCCCACUUCGACCUCUGGAAGGCAACAUGGCAGUGACACUACUGUCGAUGGCAAAGGCUCUUCGCACUCCACAACCUCCACAUCGAUCUCUGCUGUAACUAUUGAGAAGAACGCCGAACUGCGAAUUACCAAAUUGAUUGCUAUUAAGCAUAUGCUCGAUCUUAUCAAACCUCUGUAUGAUGCUUUGAAAGGGACGUCAACUACUCUGUUGAAGACUUAUCGGGAGAUUCUUUCAGAUAGAGGUUACGGAGAUCUGCUAAAGAAAAUGACAACAGUUCUACAACCCGAUGCCUGCUUUUGCAAAGGGGCACUGCAGAUGCGUGUUCAGAAGUGCUUUGCCAUUAAGCCUGGAGUGAAUGUUCUUUUGGAUCUAACAAGACGUGCUUACGCCGAACAGGUGGAUGAUAUUUCACGUUAUGUUAAAGAACUGGCUUCCAAAUACAGUCUUCCACUUCGUAUUGGUUACAACAAGACAAGAGGCUUCUUUAUCCAGAUUCCUGAGCAAGGAUUGGAUCUACCAAUUCAUCGACGCAAGCAGACAAUUGGUUCUGGGCAAGAGUUGAAUUCAAGCGUAGCUUCCUGUUCUCAAGGCAGUGGCAAUGACCAUGAUAUUGCCGAAUCGCUGUGUACAGAUUAUUCAAAUGAUGGAAGACCUGGCUCAUCACAGAGCAACCGAGGUUUACCGAGAGAAUUUAUAAAAGUUCAGAUUGCUAGGGGCAUAAUCAAUUGCACAACGGCUGAACUGGUGAAACUCAACGAACGUGUGAAAGGUUCUCUGAAUGAGGUCUAUCUCAUUGCUGACAAUCUGGUUUGCAAACUCAUUCACGACUUGCAUCCUGAAAUAAGUCUGUUUUAUCGACUCUCUGAAGCUGUCUCUGGACUUGAUCUGCUCUGUACUCUCGCCCGUGUUGUCGUUUCUGCACCACCUGGCCACACUUUUGUCAGACCGAUUUUUGGCGAUACUUUAGCCAUUCAAAAUGGCCGUCAUAUGAUACACGAUCGGUUUAGUAACACUUUACCAGUUAGCAAUAAUACAUUCGCCUCUACAACACAGAAUGUCUCCAUUAUCCUCGGUGCCAGUAUGAGUGGUAAGACAACCUACCUGACUCAAGUGGCCUUGAUGCAAAUUCUUGCUCAAAUCGGGGCCUUUGUACCGGCAAAGUUCGCAGCCUUUCGACUGAUGGAUAAAAUUUUCGCUCGAAUGGGGUGUCGCGACGAUAUGACCACUAAUGCAUCGACCUUCGCUCUUGAGAUGAGAGAAGUUGGUCACGUGUUCAGGUCAGCAACCGACAAUUCGCUCAUUCUGAUUGACGAUCUCGGUCUGAGUACGACGGAUGAAGACUGUUUCAGUUUGAGCUUCGCCGUCUGCGAUGCACUGGCCAAAAUGCGAGCAUUUUCCUUCUUCACUACCUCCGACACUGCACUCGCCCAACUCCAAUUCCAACAUCUUAAUAUCGAAAUUUAUCAUUUUGCUGUGAGGACUCAAGAGAUAGUAGGAGGUGGCCGGCGAAUUCCCCGAUUGAAUUCUGCAGACUGCUCUUUCUCUUCGAAUGCUUCCGCAUCGUUUAACGAUUCCUUUCAAUCUUCGGUGAAUGAGCCUUCCAACCAAGACGGGGAUACUCGAACCCGUUAUAAGUACACCUAUAAACUGAAGAAAGGUGUUGGAAAGGAAGCGCACUCAGUUGUUGAUCAACUUAGCUUUACCGCUCUCGAUCCAACUUACAUCGCACUCACAAAGAAGUACUAUGACAUCCUGGUGAAUAGAAAGGCAAUGAAAAGAGAUGGGAACCCAACUCUUGAGUCCCCAUCGACUGUUGAAGUAAGUGAAUCAACGUAUGGUUUGUCCGUUACAAAACGAGCUCGACUUGAAGACAAAUCGUCAAAUGGCGUUGAAAGUCGACAAACUCCAGCAAAAGAAGAAGAGGAGAAAUCGAAUUUAAGAGCAGCGAGUGUGAAAUACAAAGAUGGUUUCUCCCACCCUCUCUCUGUUAAGAAGGUCAACCAAAAGGAUUCAGUUCUCCAAAAAUCUCCACUAAAAAAUGGGAACUUAGUGGUGACACCUGCCGGCAUUAAGGAUACCACCAAACAACAAACCCAAAUUGAAGAAACAGAUAAAUCCACUACCGAAUCAAUUUCUUCGAAGAAAGAGGAAUUUUUGAGCCCAUCGGGGCUUAUAAAGGCUAGACAACUAAAUGUAGACUUGGAUGAUGAGGAUAGUCACUCUAUAGCAGGGAAAUUGGAAACACCCAAAAUGCAUAAAAAUCCUGAAAAGGUGAAAUCAGAGAUUAUAAUCACAACAGAAAAAAGUGAAGAAGCUGGUAAAGAAGGGGCUUCAGAUAAACCCGAAGACCUCGAGAACUUUGCUGAAAGAAGUUGCUACACAACGACGGAUCGAAUGAUGCACUCCCUGACCCACCAAACUCAGAUGCUUGCGUGUGUCGCACGGUGUAUAGAUCGAAUUUCGUCUUCAGUACCACUAGAGAGAUGCAACAAUUCAAAAGCUGACGCUGAAGAUCAAAUUAAGGUUCAAGUAGCGAGGAGAAGCGUGGUCUCGCACCUCGACUUUCUUCGCGAUCGAUAUGCUGGGGUUAUAAGGAGCUUCCUUGAAGAUUGA